AUGCCGAACAAGCGUAGAUAUGAUCUUCUCCAAUGUAUCCUACAAGGGGAAAUAGAUAGCAAAAGAUCGCCUGGAAGAAGAAGAACAUCGUGGCUAGCCAAUCUAAGAACAUGGUUCGAUAAAAAUUCAGUAGAACUAUUCCGGAGUGCAACUGAUAAAACUCGUAUAUCAAUGAUGAUCGCUAACAUCCGAAACGGAUCGGAACAUUAA